UGUCUGUGAGGGUGGAUAUUUGUGCCUCCCUCCUCUCCUUUCCUUUCCCUUCCUAUCCCUACCUCAGUCUCCCUGCCUCGUCACUCUUCCUCUUCCUCCUGUCACUACAGAAACUGGUCCUGGAAUCUGUACCCGCCGCAUGAGGAGGAUGGCGCCUUGCGGGGCUGUGCUACUGCUGGUGCUGGCUACAUUCCUGGGCGAUGUGAGGGGUCACGGACGCCUGAUGAACCCGCCCGCCCGCAACGCUAUGUGGAGAUAUGGCUAUCCGAACCCCGUUAACUACAACGACAACGAACUAUACUGCGGCGGCUUCGUGGUUCACUACCAGAAGAACGGAGGCAAGUGUGGUGUGUGCGGGGACAACUACCAGGACAAGGAGCCGCGGGACCACGAGGCAGGAGGCUUGUUCGGCAAUGGCAUCGUUGCUAAGCGCUACGUGUCUGGCCAGGUGAUCGACAUUGAGGCUGACCUGACCACUAACCACUGGGGCUACAUGGAGGUCAAGCUAUGCCCCCACAAUGAUCCAACCAAGGAGGUCACCCAGGCAUGCCUUGACCAGUACACGCUGCCCAUGGAGGGGACCACGGAGACGCGCUUCGUGAUCCCCCAGGACAGCAAGAAAACGGAGAUCUUCAAGUGGCGCGUCAAGCUGCCGGACGGCGUCGUCUGCUCCAACUGUGUAUUGCAGUGGAAGUACUUCGCAGGCAACACGUGGGGCCUGUCUUCGAAUGGCAGCGGGGCGGUGGGCUACGGACCGCAGGAGACAUUCAUCAACUGUGCAGACAUCACCAUCAACACCAACAUCCCCUCGGGCGUGUUCCCCCCUGACGCCUUCGUGGACAAUCCGUGGCAGCUAUACUUCAGGGACAGCUACCCUGGGGUGAAGGAGAACAAGAAACCCAAGCCUGGAUCUGGUGGCCUCGUCCCGCUGGUCAUCAGGAGCCAACUGUGCAUUCCGGUGGACCACUUCCAGCGUGACGAGAGCAUGUCGAAAUGGUGCAUGAUGAAUUGCAUGAAGUACCCGCCCAACUGCGACCCCACCCACUGCAAGUGUGUGUACGAGUGUGUGGCUGUGGGUGAACUGAAGCAUCAGGAGUAUGGGGACCGUUACUGCCACCAGGAGUGUCUCAGGUACCCGUCCAACUGCUCCGCGGCGCUGUGCCACUGCUUCUAAACCUGAAAUGAAUAGCUCACUGAACCUUGUGAACCACCACCACUGCACCACCGCACCGCUACCACACCCCCGCCAUACCAACAGUUAUUCAGUCAACCAACCAGUCAGCAAUUAUUAUGAAUUUUUUUUUUUUUUUUUUUUCUAAGGAGCAAAACGCCUUUAUCUGCUUAUCUUGCUUUUUAUUAUAUUUUGAAGUGGUUUCAUUCUCUGAGGUUUGGUAUAGAUACAUCAGUUGUUUCGUGUGUGCGUGGGUGUGAGAACGUGUGUCUUGAGGAGCAGGUCUUUUAAACUAUGAGAGUAAGUUUUGCUUUUAUUGUUAUCAGCGUCUUGUUUAUAUAUAUGAAGAUUAUUUCUUGAUUUGUUAUUGUGGGUGGCUGAUUGGCUGAGUGACUGGUUGGCUGACUGGUCAACUGACUGAAUGACUGACUGAUUGACUGGAUGGUUGAAUGGCUGGCUCGCUGGAUGGUGUUUAUGGCUGACAGAGUGAUGGAUCCACUGACUGGCUUAAUGGCUGAAUGGUUGGAUGGUCGACUUGCGAAGGUGUUUGCAAGAUGAAUGUAAUACGUGUGUGUGUGUGUGUGUGUG